AUGGCGAAGUGCGCAAAGAUUCACAUUGCGAGCGGAAGAAUGGUGUCCGUAGAAACGCCUGAUUCUGCCACACAUGCGAGAGCUCUGCCAGACGCGUGCGGCGAGCUGCGGCGGCUCAUGUGGCCAGUGCGUGGGAAACGCGUCCGGCGGCGCCCGUCACGGACCGUCCGCGGACUUGUGAAGGACAGGCGUGGUCCCCCCGGCAUUUUUAUUUCCUGCCACCGCGCGGUGGAAUAUGUGCCGGCAUCUCCCACGCAGCCAAAGUUUUCGAGGGAAAAGCGGAGGAUGAUUUGCGAGCAACACUUUCAUAUGACUUUCAUAAAUGCGGCGACGAGUCGUGAUCAUCCUGGAGCGCAGGCGCGCAGGAGUGAGUUGCCAGAUCUCCUUCCUCCUGGCAGACGAAAGAAGGCGUGUGAAUUAUCUCCGGCGUGGAAUCUCACAUUUAAAGGGGGUGGCGUUAAACUUGCGUGCAUGGAAAGAAAGUGGAAAGAGGGUUCAUGCAUUGAACUAUCGAUGCACGAGAGAGGGUGUGAAUUUCCUCGUACCCGAACCGGCGCGAGGGAUUGAGCAAAGACAAAAGAAGGAGAAGAAGAAGAUGAAUUAAAAAAUGAUCGAGCAAGAUUUUCAGUCCUUUCGGCUCGAGAACCUUGCCUGCUGCUCUCACUUGAAGAUGAAAGAGAGAAGCAAAAAAACUGUGGACUCCCCAGGAGGAACUGACAAGAUUCGUCCUCGAAAGAGAGAGCUUUUGCGCGGCUCAAAACUUUGUAAAAUCCUAUAAUAUGUGUUUCACAUCUUCUCCGAUGCAAAUGA